AUGACCGAAGAGGACCCGGAAACUACUGCUGAGGAGGUGGUGUUAAAGGUGGUCGUGUGUGGCGAUGGAUCCUCGGGUAAAACAUGCUUGUGCCAGCGAUUUGUCAAGGACUCUUUCGAGCGAACCUAUCAUCAGACCUUGGGAUUGGACUUCUUUUCAAAACGGAUAUCGCUUCCAGGGGAUAUACAAGUAUGGGACAUUGGGGGCCAGAGUAUCGCCGGCGAGAUGAUCGACAAGUAUAUUUAUGGAUCACAUGCAGCUUUAAUCGUGUAUGACGUCACUAAUAUGAGCUCUUUCGAUAACACUCAGGAUUGGUUGAAUGUGAUUCGCCGAGUGACAAAAACUCAAGAAAAGCCUCCACAAAUCGUCCUCGUCGCCAACAAAGUGGAUGAAGAACGUCUUCGGAAGGUAUCAGUCGAUGCCCAUUGUGCUUUUGCAAAGCAGCACGAUCUGAAAGCGUUCUAUGUGUCGGCUAAGACCGGGGACUCGGUCGUUAUGAUGUUCAGGUGUGAUAAUUUUUAUUUUGAGGUGGAAAAAAUUAGAAUGGGUUUGUACUGCGUGAAACUGUCGAGUGUAAAGAUACCCUACGCUCCUAUACCGACAUCCUCUUUGUGUUUUUUGGACUUUUUUUUUACUGAAAUUUACGACGCAAAUGUUUAG